GCUCUGUUCUGCGGACCUGAUGGCGAAUGGGGAAGAUGGCAGGAGCUUUCCAGACAGCGCGACCUCAGCUGGCCAUGGGGCCGUCAGAACGGCUCUGGGAGCAGCGAGACAGUGGGCGGACGAGGACGGGCAUUUCAGGAUGUCCGAGGACCAGCUGAGAAAGAUGCUAGACGACGUGGCCGGAAGGAGGCCAGCGCCUCCAGAGUCACCGCCCCCGGCCGAACCUUCGGCCGGACUGUCGCGGGAGCAGGUCAGAGAGGUCUUCGAGAUAGUGCGCAGCCAGGACGAGGGGCGGAAGACCUGGGAGCAGAACCGAGAUCCCAAGCGCAAGCUCAAGGUGGAUCGCAAGUUCUUCGACAGGUCGAGGGACAAGGAGGCCAACCGCCAGUCGGCCAAUCGCGGCCGCCGCGCCGCCAGCGGCCAGGUCAGGCCCGGGAAGUGGCGGCUGCCGCUGUCCGAGCUGAUCAUGCGCACCAAGUGCAGGAACUGCAACCAGAAGGGCCAUUGGUCUCGAGGAUGUCCGGCGCCGCAGUGCAACCGCAGCGGCCGACUCGACUGGGCCAGGUUCAUUGUUCGUGUCGCGAACGUGGUGGGCCCCUUGCAGCCCGUCGAGGGCGCGCUAGACGACGCCACCCUGAGCCUCAUGACGCUGGUGGACGAGUUCGGCCGUGAGAUGAUCAACGAGAGGUUCUGGCCGACCAACCUAGUGCGUCAGCUGCGAGUCAUUCCAUUGGAGUACUACGCGUGUCGCCACAUGCCCAUCAACGUGGUGGGCGGGGCAGAUGCCGAUUGGAGAGCGCUGGUGGCCACUCCCGCCCCGCCGCCGGGGCUGCCGGGGGCCAGAACCUUGGCCGGCAUGGCGCCGCCCUGGCCACCAGCCAAGGACCGUCGCGCCGCGGGGAGUUCCCGCCAGAAGGUCGAGUCCGAGCAGCCCGACGUCGUCAUGGAGAGCGUCGAGCAGCAGGCCAGAGACCAACGGGCGGUUCGUCGCAAGGCAGCCUCUCCAGCCAGGGGGGCGGCCGUGGACAGCAGUCCUGAGUCAGGAGACAGCGCAGACGAGACGAGGCGUCUUCUGCGGCAGAUCGCCAUCAAGCAGCAGGCCCAGGAGGAGCUCAUAGGCAAACUAUGCUUCACCGUCUCGAGUCAGAUGGGAGAGGUGGCGACCCUGCAGUCUCGACUGCAGCAGAUGGCUGCAGCAGGGAGUGCGUCGUCCGCGGCGCUGCAGGGGCCAGCCGCGGCCAAGGUGCGGAACUCCUUCGGCAGCGACGGUAGCGUCGGUGGAAAUUGGCGCAGCUCCGGCAGUGGCGGCCUCCCCGACGUAUUGGAUCGGGGCCCAGCAGACGCUGGCGUGGGCUCCCCCGCCGGGCUACUCGAAGACGAGGCCACCUGGGUCGGCGAUCACGUGAAGAAGGGCGACCGGCAGCCUCAGCCGAGGCUGGCAAGGCCCGCCAAGAAGCCGGACGCACCAGCUUCGUCGUGGCAGUCGGAUCCCUGGGUUUCCCAGGGCACCCCCGAGGAGGCGGCGUGGAAGCAGCGGCGGAAGAUCGAGGAUGCCGAGAAGAUGCGGCUGGAGAAGGAGGGUUUGCAACAGGUGGGGUGGCAGACAUGGGCUCACGAUGGAGCCGACCCGCAGGGCAAGUGGAUUAAGAAACUCAUGCGCAAGGUCCACAUCAACUUGGGACAUCCCCGCAAUCAAGUGAUUCAUCGAGGUUCUCCGGGGUGCCCGGGCGAAGCCGGUGCGGCGGUGCUGAAGUUCGUUCAAGACGAGUAUCACUGCGGAGACUGCCGCGCACUCUCGUCCGGCGGGAAGUCGACUCGCGGCGGGCGCCCAGAGUUGCGAUGGGGGAUUCCGCCAGUCAGCAUCGCGCGGCGGAGCCAAUGGACCCUGGUGGGCUUGCCCGCUUGUCGCAGGGCGCGGGAGGACGAAUCCGCGGACAAACCUAACCGGGAGAUCAUGGCCGAGGGGUGGAGUGGCACCCCGCAAAACUACGCCUCUGGCAACGCCGAUGUGGGGGUUAUCCCACGCGAGCUCGUGGAUUGGACGAGGCUCCGCUGGCUUUGUCAUCGCGCGACGGCGAGUUUCAUGAAGUCGCAGAACUUUGAGCGCAUCCGUCUGGAGCCCUGCUGGUUCGUGCAGAGGUCGGAGGGGCAGUUGAAAGUUCAGGUGCUCGUGGAGGAGCUCGGGCCGUUCGCGGCGCUCCUCAGAGACGAGUGCAGGGCCCUGGGCCCCCCGAG